CCAAGCGUGAAGGUAUUGCCUAUUCCAGCCUCCGGGAAGUACACCGUGGAUUCGUUGUGAACUGUUCCUGGUUGUGUGUGUGUGAAUGUGCUGAUCCUGGAAUCGUUUCGUCCCUUCUGGAAGUGGAGUUGUGGCCUACACGCAGAACCAAGCGGAAAGUGUGAAAAAGUAGCGCUUUGUACUGCACCAAACCCGUGAACAAGUUGUUCUUUGCUCCACAAUCUCCUUUGUCCCAGAGUCUCCAGACUGUGGGAAGGUAGCUCCUCUGGUGCAAGUGUGUUUCUGUGUGCGUUUGUGUGUGCGAAGGUUGAACUCAACGGAAAAAAUGGCAGCCGCCGUCGUUGCACUGAGUGAAAAGGUCCUGUCGGCGAAAUCGAUUAUUUGCGAUAUCGAGGGAACUACCACGUCGAUAUCGUUCGUAAAGGAUACCUUAUUUCCUUACGCGUUGAAGAAUGUCGAAGAAUAUCUCAAAAACAACUGGAACGAGGAUGCCACGAAAACGGUUGUGGCCGCUUUGCGCGAGCAAGCCGAGGAAGAUAAAAAGGCGGAAGUGGAAGGUGUAACGACGAUUCCGGCUGGUGAUUCGGAAGAUAUUAUCCCUGACAUUGUGAAAAAUGUCGAAUGGCAGAUGUCACAAGAUCGUAAGACGGGUUCGCUGAAGACGUUGCAAGGACUGGUGUGGGCCAAGGGCUACAAAGAUGGCACAAUCAAGGGACACGUGUAUGAUGACGUCCAGAAGGCUUUUGAGCAGUGGGCUGAGAACGGUCGAAAGAUCUACAUCUACUCGAGCGGCAGUGUCGAUGCUCAGAAGCUGCUCUUCGAGCACAGCGAGCAAGGCAAUCUUCUGAAAUAUCUGACUGGGCACUACGAUACCAAGGUAGGCGCAAAGCGCGAAAAGGAGAGCUAUGCAUCAAUUUUGAAAAACAUCGAAUCGUCGGCAGAGGAAACGUUGUUCUUAACUGAUGUUUACGCCGAGGCAAAAGCAGCCAAAGAUGCCGGUCUGAACGUGGUGCUUCUAGAUCGCCCUGGGAAUGUAAAGUUGUCGGACGAGGAACGUAAGGAAUUCACAGUCAUAUCUAGUUUCUCGGAUUUAUCCUUUGAGGCAGUAAAGAAAGAAAAUGGCGAUACUGUUUCGAAUGGCGCCAAGCGUAAGAUCGAGGAUACGAUCGAGGAAGCGAACCAAACGGAGGAGGAUCCAGCACAGGAGCCACCAUCGAAAGUGACUAAAGUUGAGGGUGAUAAAUCGAAGGAACCAGCAGAAAAUGGAGUUACAGAUGAUAAAGGAACGGUCGAACCGUCACCUUCUACGGAGCUGACUGAAUCCAAAUCCGCCGAAAAGAUGGAAGUUGAUGGCGGAGAUGCAGUCGAUAAUACCGAUGCGAAAGAAGAGAAAGCCGUGGAAAAAAUGGAACAAGACUCAACUCCAGUGGAAAAAACAGAAGAGACUGAAAAAAUGGAACAGGAUAAAAAUGUAGAACCGGUUGAAGAAACUGCAAAAUUGAAUACUGAAACCAGCGACAAAGCUGAAACAGUGGAGAAGGAGGCAGAAAUUGAAAAGGAAGAUAAAGUAGUAGAAAAAGAGGAUGCGCCCGCAAAGGAAGGUAACACAGCACAGGUAAAGGAAGUAGAAGAAAAUGAUAAAAAGGAAGAAGAAAAGGAAGUAAAAACAGUAGUCGAAACUUCAAAAGACAAUGAAACGGUGGACUCCGCAGUGGAGAAGGUUGAGGCCACCGUAGAAUCAGUAGCUUCCGAUCCGUUGGUGGAAGAGAAGAAAGAAGAAGAUAAGGCAAAGGAAACUGUUGAAACGGAACAGGAAACCAAGAAGGAAGAGGUUACCACUGAUGUAGUAUCAAACGCGAACGUUCCUCCAGAGGCGAAAGUGACUGAUGAGGUGAAAAAGGAAGACGAAAAAAAGGACGAGGUUAAAACCGAUGAUUUGGAAUGUGAAAAGACGAACAGUAUUACGACGGAUAAGGAACAGGCACCCAAAGGCACUGAUGAGGGCGAAACAGAAGAGGCAAAGGCGGCUGCAGAAGUAAAUGGAACUGCAACAGAGGCAAAGGUAGCCACUAACGGUAGCAGCAGUGCAGGAGAGGAAGAGAAAAAUGGCAGCGAUAGUGACAAAGAAAACGACACUUCGCUGAACAAUUGCGAGGCUGAUGAAGCGAAUGCGGAGAAAACCAAUGGUACCGCCGCUACCGAAAGCGCUGCCAAUGCUGACGAUGUAACCACCUCCACAGAGAUCAAGGCCAAAAAAGUAAUCGAACCAGCUGCAGUUGCUCCUGCGCCACCGAUCGAGGCGGAAUCAUAAGUUAAAGUAGUUAUCUGUUUUUCUUUCCAACAUUUUUGACGCGCACUGAUAUGCUGGCGAUCCAAAUGCCGUUUGGAGGUGGCAUUUGUAAUGAAUGAGCUGCUUCCGAUCGGCAAAGCAUUAUUCCUUUUUCAUUUUUAAUAGCAGCGAUUCCGGCAGCGUGUUAGUAAUAGUUGAACACAUUCGCAGACUUAGCAAAGACCUGCUGCUGCAGGAGGACGCGCGUACUGAUUGUAACAGAGAAUCUUAAUCUUAACGAAUGCAUUAUCUUCACACAGAAUAGUAAGUAGAAAACGGGUGUGACGUCGUACGUCGUCUAGGCAGAGAAAAGUGCAAGCAGGCAGUAUCGGCUCACCUGUAACUAUGACGAACUAUUUCUUACAAUUAAAUCUUUUAUAUAAACGUA